AUGACACUCCGGCGCUUUGACAAACACAACUCAGCUUCUAAAGUGAGCAAGACACAAUACCUUUGCUUCCAAACAUUAAUCAUUCCACGAAAGCGCGAGAGCUUCAAGCCAGCACAAUGGGACAUGACCGAGCAGGUUGAUGCUGCAACUGAUGAGCUCGACGAGUCCGACGAUUUCCAGAGCUUUCUAACGGACAUCCGCAAUGGCCACCCCCCCGCAACAGGCGAAUUCCGGACAAUCCCUGACAUGUAUACACAUGUACUUCGUCAGGUUGACGCAGGAUACCCAGGCCGUCUGCAGAGACACGAUGAGACGGCGGUAAAUACGUCCCUCCUCAUGCUCCUUCAGGCGAUCACCAACACAGCACUGGCGCCUCUUGCUGAAUGGCGGCCCACAAAGAUCCACUUCAAAGCGACAUUUAUGACACUGGCCGGCGGGGCGAAGAGGGAGAUGGUGGCGGCUACAGACGGGCAACUCCAGUCAAAGACCACCCACGAGGUGAAGGCGAUUGUGGAGUGUAAGGCGCAUGAGCGGGGUGACGACGAUACCACAAUAGCAAUGCAGGAGGCUGCGUUGUUCGUAGCUUGGAUUAAGGAUUUUCCUCAAUCCCCAGAAACCCGCUUCAUGGUCUCGCAAGAUGCCAUGCAACUGUAUAUCACAGUUGCAGUGACACCCAUAGCAUGGCGGGACUUCCUUAUACGCAGCAGGACUGAGCGCAAGAGAUCGUUCAUGCAGCUCUACAGGUUUGGCCCAUGGGAUCUCGACGAUGCCGACCAGAUCAAGAAGGUCGCUCCGAUUCUGCUGGCCAUAACCAAACUGUGA